AUCCUCUAUCAGACGAUGUCGAGGCUGUUGUAGUCAGGACUGUCAGAUGACAGACGGGACCAGUGGUUGCUACAGUUAACAGUCAUUGGCGAGAUCGUCGAGCCCCUGACUGUGUGGUUGUGAUAAUGAGGGGCCUUAUAAUCACAGUCACUGGUGUGGUGUUGUUGCUGACUGUCUGCUCGGCUGCCUCAUCGGGCUGUAAGGACACGUGGUCAGCUUCCUCUUGUUGGCAGUUCCUUUACGAUUGUGAUCAACCUGUGCACCAACAAAUGUGCCAGAAGUCUUGUGGAAUAUGUGACAAUUGCAAGGACGUAAUGGGAGCUAAGCAGUGCUGGAAUAAUGUUCGUAGAUGUAAUGAAAGUUCCUACCAAAGAAACUGCAGGAAAACUUGUGGACUGUGUGAUGUGUGUGCAGACAUCCACGCUGAUUGUAGUUCACGCAAAAGACAAUGUGGAGAAACCUGGGUACUUGUUGGCUGCAGGAAGACCUGUGGGGCUUGUCAUGUUCAAGAUACAGGAGGACGUGAGAGUGAUGACACCAUGACAACAACAACCUCGACAACUGCUGAGAAAACAAGUCAAAUGGGUAACAAAGACAACCAGAACCAAAUCGGAAAUUGGGGAGAGUGGGAACCCUGGGAGGUGUGCAGCGCUACCUGUGGAAAAGGCGCCACAACCCGACGGCUCACGUGCUCCCCUGUUGGAGCCAAGUGUCAGGGCGACAACACAGAGACUGCUGACUGUCACCUUACAGCCUGCUGUGUUCCCCGUAAUGGCAUGUGGGGCGACUGGUCGACUUGUUCUUCUUCUUGCGGUGGUGGAUCUCAUACAAGGUCAAGGAUCUGUACUGGAACCAACUCAUGUGGACAACCUUGUGUCGGGAAAAGCAAUGAAUCCACAACCUGUAAUGUUCAUGCGUGUCCGAGACCACCCGCUGAUCUUUCCAUCACCACAGACCCACAAACCUCACCAUUCAGUGCCGGUGUCACGGUGACCUUAACCUGCAGCAGCCGUGACCCGGGAUCUCCACCAGCGACACUAACGUGGGACACUGUGAGACAUGGCAUGAGGACCACUCCAGUGAAUUAUCGAACAACACGGCUUGAGAUACCUAACCUAUCAGUUGAAGACGAUGGGCUGAGGGUGAAAUGUCUGGCCAUCAACACGGUCUCACAGAAUGCAACAUCAUUCUUACUUCGUGUUGAUGAAAAAGUAUCAUAUGGAGAAUGCCGUGCGUCGGUCAGCAGCUCCACCUGGGAGGUAACGGGUUACUGUGACAUUACUAAAGUAUUUUCAAGUAACAAUCGGUAUGACUGUCAAUGGUACGAGAUAAAAGGAAGUAAUCCAUACAAUAUCCCAAGUUCCUUCAAUCGGUCUCUAAUCACACCUGGAGGGAAACUACAGAGUGGAAAGUGUAGCUUCCAGACAAAUAUUUCUCACGACUUUCCUCAAGGGCGUGAAUCAAGCAGAGAACUUAAAUAUAAAAUGUACUUUAACCCUGGAGGUACAUGGAGCUCUAUUGUCAAUGUUGCUGUAGUUUCUCCCAAGGCACCGACACUCAUCUGCCCAGCUGAAGUCAUGGAAGGCUCGCACAUCAACUGCACGUGCAACACAAGCAAUGUAGGAGAGCCACAAGGUCGUCUGCUUUUACUUUUUAAUGACCAGCUACAACACACGAGACAGUAUGGUCAGAAGGUCAUCUUCUUGUCACGCGACGCUCGCCGUGAGGACAACAAUGCCAGAAUCAGUUGUCGUCUACACUGGGCGAGAAACAUGUCAGCUGACAGGGACUGGACACUCCGCGUAAUGUAUCCCCCUGAGAUGCCUUCUUUACUAAUCGACAGCCAAACUACCAUCAAGUACACCACGAAUAUCAGCAACAGUGUUUACUUUACAUGUAGAGUAGGUGCCGGCAACGUACAGAGUCUGGAACUACUAAAGGUCACAAGAAAUGGAUCACAAAUACUUAAAGGCCUUAGUAGUUCUUAUCCCUACUUCAGAAUGCAGAAAGCAGGAUGUGGUGACUCGGGUAUCUACUAUUGUCGGGCUGGCAACAAACUGGGACAAACUAACUCCACGUCAGUACACCUCAAUGUGCUGUGUUCGCCAAAACUAGUCAACGGCACCUCAACAAAACCCAAAGAGCUAAAGGUCACGGAAGGGUCGCAAGGUCAGUUGACCUUUGAGGUGAUGAGCAACCCAGCUCCAACUAUCGAUGUUUUCAGCUACCAUCAAGGAGAAAGUGUGUCCAAGGAGGAGCCAGUAAGAGCUGAUCUUUUUACUGGGAAAUGCGAGCAAAAUACGCCCGACCUUCACCUGGCGACCUGCACGUUGUCCACUGUAGACGCUAUGAACAAAGAUAACGGAAUGUACAAUGUCAAGGUUAGGAACUCAGGAGGAUCCAUUAAUGUACCCUUCACACUGAUUGUGGACGCCCAAGAAUCAACAGGCAAUGACUCUUCGCUCUCUUGGAUUGGACUCGUCAUUGCCCUUCUAAUUAUAAUCGUCAUCGGAGUUCUUAUUGUGUUCUUUGUCAGGAGACGAAGAGCUGCACAAACCAAAACUUCUGAGGAUAAAAAGAAAAUUUCUUCUGCAGCCAUUGCGCGCCGUAACUUUGAAGACCCCGUGUACUACAACGUUACUGUAGCUGACGUCACCAUGCCGUCAUCAGCCGCGACUAUGACGUCAGCAACCUGUACCAUACACAACGGCUCUGCUGCACUGACGUCACCAAAUGAUAACGUCUACACUAAUUACGAGAAGAAGACGUCACUCAAUGACAGAGGAGAGUCCAGCGCCGGCACAGCCUCAGACGAUCUCUACGCCGUCGUGGAAAAGACCCAGAAGUCCUCUGAGAACUCUGGGAAGCCCGCGAAACCCGCGCCAAUGCCUAAACCCAAGAGGUUGGGUUCUGCUUCGGGGAAAUCAGGAGAUAAUGGCGGACAGGGUCAGUCUCAAAACGACAGCUUAGUCCAGGAGAGCGGAGACCACUCACCUCCAACCACCGAGCAGGCGGCCAACGCGACAGUCAACGAGGAAGGUCUCUUCUACACGGAACUGGACUUCUCCCAGCACCGCCCUCAGUCACAACGACCUCUUCCUCAGAAGGAGGAAACGAACUAUGCAGCCAUCAACUUCAAGCUGCAGAAGUGAGAGGUCGACACGAGGACAGUUGAUGAGAACUGGAGGGUGUGGAGUUCGGGGCUUUUCUAGUCACACUCCACUUUUCUUUUCCUGCCUAGCCUUGCUCUUCCUGAUUAGCUCGUCUCUGUACUUCCGUCAUGCAGCUUCAUCAUAGUGACAGAAACUGGUCCUUUAGUUCUUGAGUAAAUAAAAUAAAAUAAAAUAAAAUAAAAUAAAAUAAAAUAAUAGCAAUGUCCUCAUCAUUUAGGUGGGCUCCAAGCGUUUUACAAAAACUUAUCAAUUAUCAGUAACAGUUAUGGACGCAAGGUCGUCAGUUCUGGAACAAGGGAAGUAUGAGUUAUCACCAAGUAGUUGAGGAAAUCCAUGAAGUGAGAGGCAGGGUAAACACACUGAUCAUCGAGCUUGUAGUCGACGACCUUUAAAAUUAAAAAUGUCAGAAUGACUGUUUAUUUUGCUGAUGGAAGGCGGAAGUUGCAUUUGUUGUGCAAGAAAAAUAUUUUUGCACGAAUCACCUCGUUCAGAUAACAAGGUGAUUUUACUAAGGAAUAAAGUAUUCACAGAACAAUCACUCAACCAUAAUUCAGGUCUUUACUGAGGUGGGAAAGUGAGAAAAAAAGAGAGGCCAAAGGUUAUCUCCUUUUCAGGGAAAGUUUUGCGGCGUGAGAAUACAAGAUUAUAAGAAACCACAUUGCAAAUAGUAUAUGUAAAUACAUUUCUGUUAUGUACACAGUGUUGAGACUGAUUUCUGUAUCAUAAUAAUUUGCUUGUAUUUAAAUGUUUUCGUUAAGCUUGGACAUUUUUUUUGGAUGUUGUGAUCUUUGUAAAUAAUCUGCUGUAUAAGAAAUAAUGAUAAUAAUAGUGUACGAAUGAUUAUUUAAGAUCAAUACUUUUCACAAUUUUUACACAUUUCUUUAACUUAAAAUAAUAUUUUUUAUGUAUUGUGUCAAGAAAUGUUUAGUUGAUCUUCACGUUUUCAUUAGCUUCUCUAAACAAUCCUUUUUAUUAAGAGCUGCUACACUCUUUUAUUUUCAAAAGCAAGGCACUUUGUGCAUACGUUAAACUUUUACAAUUGUCUUUGCAUUUUAACGUUUUAGUUUGUUUUUUUUUUGUUUUUUUUUUUGAGACUUACAAAAAUGUCGACUAUCAUCAACAUUUAUUUCCGACAUAUCCUUUUGCCCGUAGAGAAGCAUUUUUUUUUUAUAAACACUAGUGUUCAUUGUUUUAAAUCUUCGGUUUUAAGAUGCAAUUUUCGUAAAUUGUCUUCCCCACCCAUCAAUGCUUUCGAACAAUAACAAAAUAAUGUCAGCGAAACCUUCCUGUCAACUGUUUGGCUGAUGUCUGCCCCUCUACAACAUGGCGUGUAACGGACAUCCCUCUCAGUUGAGCCCCACUACAGUUCAGACCCUUGUGGACCAGGGACUUGUACAUGUAGAAACACUUGAUCUCCUGCACAGCACCACUCUGAAGUUUUAGUCACAUAAUUAAAAUGGUGUGAGUGUGAUUAUUUCACUAAGUCAGAGGUCAGGGAUGUUGAGUUUCACUACCACUGUAAGAGGUUUACACACACACACACACAUGAUCUGUGUCUCUUCUAGUCAGAGAUACAUCCUGCAGAUGAAGCAAAUCUUAUUAAGAAGUUAAAUUUCCUGUUUUAUAUACAAAGAGGAUCAGAAUCAAGAUUAAGACAGUAUUUGACUUUCGUACACAUGGGAUUUAUAUUUAAAUUUUAGUUUUCAUGAUUUUGUCUUCAUCAUCACAGCCAUGUUUCUUUUUAUCAAUUUAUUUUCUCUUGAUGCAGCUCAUUCAACUCAUGUUCUGUAGUUUUAGUACCAUGAAAACCUCAUGGGCUUUGUAGGAUGCACGAUUUUUCGUAAGAUUAUUGAGGCAACCAUUAAUGUAGAUGUUUAAACAUUCGCUUGUCACUGCUGCAGUUCCGGGUUCAAAUCUCGUCUCGGACACUGUCUGUGACACCAGUUCGCAGGCCUGGCUGGCGGUUGUCCCCCUUCCUCUCCCCGAGGUGGAAACAUUUUCUUGCCAAACCAGCCAAUCAAUGAGAUUACUUGUGUUAUUUGUGUUAUUUAUUUAUAUUUUAUGCUUGGCACUUAGAA